AAAAUGAUGAAUUGGUUUUCCUCUACUGAAUCUAGGACCCGGAGUAGAACGUGUACCAAGACCUACAUUCCUCUACAGAUACUUAGUAUAAUAGCUCUAGGAUUUUUCGGUUGGUCAAAUCUUGAUAACAUUAUCAGAAAUCAAAUAAACUCGGAGCUAAUCGUGAAAACUGGAGGUGCUCUUUAUCAUUUAUGGUCGGAGCCACCAAUUCACCCUGUAAUGAAGGUGUAUGUUUUCAAUGUGACGAACAAGGACGAAUGGUUGGCUGGGCAAGGACGAGUUAAACUCAAGCUGGACGAAAUAGGUCCUUUGGUAUAUAGGGAAACCUGGUGGAAAACUAAUGUAAAAAUGGAGGAAGGAGGAGAUGUUAGUUAUGAUCUAGUAAAGAGGUUUGAUCCUGUACCAGAGAAGUUUGGUUGUGAUCCUAAUUCUUUAGUUAUUCUUCCAAACAUACCUCUCUUCUCCGGAGCAGCUAGGAUGAAGGGGCAAAAUGAAUUGACUGUUUGGGCCUUUCAGUCUGCAAUAGAGAUGUUCGAGAGUAAACUGUUUGUUUCAGUUCCGGUUAAAGAUAUUCUUUGGGGUUACGAGGAACCAUUACUAGUUGGCGCUACUAUGGUCUUACCAGAGGAGGAAAUAAGAAAACCUGGAUACUUCGGUCUUAUGGCAGGAAGGAAUAUGUCGAGUGACGGUAGGAUCAGUGUCAGAGGAGGUUUUGGUUCUGAAGGAUUAUCUAAUCUAGGGGGAGUAACCUCAUGGAAAGAAAGGUCUGAAUAUACUAGCUGGGGUUCUGAUGAAUGUAACAGUAUCUCUGGUGGAGAAGGAAGCCAGUUUCCUCCCAGUAUUAAACCAGACACUAGACUUGGUAUUUUUAUCCCAGAUAUCUGUAGAAAGCUUCCAUUAGUAUUUGACAAAACAGAAACUAUUAGUGGUGUUGAAACAUUAAGGUUUCAACCCGACCCCCAGGCGUUUAACUACCUGGCUCCAGAAAAUAAAUGCUACUGUGUUUCACCAGCUAAUUGUACAGAUAAUGGCGUGUUCUAUGUAUCCCCCUGUAAAUAUGGAGCUCCUCUUGUUGUGUCUUGGCCCCACUUCCUAGAUGCGCCUCAACAUGCAGAUAAGGUUGAAGGCCUUACUCCUGUAGAAGAAAAGCAUAGGUUUUAUAUGAAUAUUCAACCGCAGAUGGGAAUGGGUCUUUCUGCGAAGGUUCGGUUACAGAUUAACCUGGAUAUUAUGAAGGCUCAUGAAAUUCCAUUCUUCUCCAGUAUACCUGAGGAUAGGUUGUUAGUUCCUAUAAUGUGGUUUGAAGACUCUAUAGAUACACCUCCAGAAAACCUUCUGAUCAUUCUUAGGGAUGCUUUGGGUUUGCCUGACAAUCUGUCGAAUGGAUUCUUGACAGUUUGUAUUGGCUCUGUUUCUAUUCAGCUGUACACCUUGAUAUUCCUCUACAUUGUUCUUAAACCAAAUCUAGAUGAUGUAAUGUUUGGAGUCGAAAUACUGAGUAAAUGAUCAAUGCAUGAAAAUCUUUCUGAAAACGAAGACGAUAAUAUUGAAGAUUGGUUGAAAAUCAAUAGCUUUGGUUGGUGUACUGCUUAAGCAUCAUUUACACAUAUACGUAAAAUAAAACUUAUGAAUUUGUUUAUUGUAAAUAUAUCGUAAUAAAAGUUA